AUGCACACGACGAGCCUGCCGCGCACGUGCCUCAGCUUCACGAACAUACUGUUCUUCUGCGUCGCGUUCGUUUGCUGCCUGGCGGGCGUAUGGUGCGUGCUCAACGCGGACAUGUUCCGCGAGGUCAACUACGGGCUGACCAAGAGCCGGUACGUUCCGGCGCUGACGAGCCUAGCCGGUCUCCGGCUGUGGUCGGCGCCGCUGACGUCGGUCGUGAUAGCGGUCGCGGCGCUGACCAUGUUCACGUCCUGCUGCGGCGUCAUCGGCGCCGGCUGCAAGGUGAAGUGCGCGGUGCGGACGUACGUGUUCCUCGUGACGGUCGCCUCGGCGGCCGCCUUCUGGCUGUUCUUCGUCACCGGCGUCUACGGCGUGUACUCCGGCGACCCGCACACCCGGGCGUACUUGGGCUCGACGAUACGCACCCACUACGGCGACGGCGGCGACCUCCUCUCGGUCCUGUGGGACCACCUGAUGCUGCGCUACGAGUGCUGCGGCGCCAGCGGCCACGCGGAUUUUGCACAGUCCAAGUGGCGGGAGACGCAUCCCGACGAGCUGUUCCCCGUGCAGUGCUGCACGCUGGUGAACAAGACCACCCUGACGCCGUUAGACCCGGACUGCACGAAGAACGCCGUCGAAGGCGCCGGCAAUCACAUCAGCCGCGGCUGCUACGACGCGUUGAGGGCGGAGAUCCGAAGCAACCGGGGCAGCUUUAUCCUGUACGCGUCGCUUGCGUCCGUUUCGUACUUCCUGCUGGUCUCGUUCUCGUUCUGCCUAAUCAGGGGCGAGCCGCUGUUAGAUUCAAGCAACUGGGUGCCGGUAAAGCCCCAGCCGAACCAACCCCAACCGCCGCCGGCUAAAGCGCUGAGGGAGAUCAAGGUGACGGUGCCCAGGAGGCCGGUCGCUGACGGUGCGUUCUUCGAGGAUGAGCCUCCCAUGAAGAUCGUCCGCGUCGUCUCUGCGAUCAACCCGGGUCUGAGUUACAAGCUUGAGCCCAGUGUGUACAGGGGCAACGAGACGUGGCCGUAUAACGUGAAAGCCCAAAUAAAG